UCCGACGCUGUCAGUUUUGUUCAGCACAAGCAAAAUAAUAACGUUAUUUUUUGUCGUCGUCUUUUUUUCCGGGAUAGAAUAAAUUUGUUUCGUUUGCGUUGUAAAUUGAUGUGGUGAAAGAUUGGUGAAAAUAGCUUCAAUUUGUCCUGGUGACUAUCGAUUGCAAGUGUUUCCGCUUAUAAUUCGGUACGUGGUACGCGAGUGCGUAAUACCCUAGAAUUGAUAAAACAUAGGCUAAGAAACGGAAGUCAGCGUCUUUCAAUCCCGCGUCUGGGCGAAUGACGUCGAUAAACUCUGUCUUUAAAUAAAUAUCUUGGUCGUGAACCAGUGGCGUAGCUAAACGGGGCAGCGUAAGGCACUUUCUUUUCAAGAAACCUGCAACAAGGUUCCUCAAUCAAAGUCUAAAGCUAGUGUUACUGUCGAAUAUUCCACGAUGUAUUCUCAUCGUAUUGCCUUCCUAGCUACGUUACUGCAAACAACAAACUCCUUUAACUCGAUACGCAAAAGACCGGCGCGAUUGUUAUCAUAACUUUUCCGACCAUUGGAUCCCAUUUUGUUGGAAAACGUUUAGCAGUUGAAGAGGAAUAGCUAUCCCCCUUCCUGACGACGAUAAUCUACGUUCCACAGUCGUGAAAAUUUAUCAUUCGGCGUUGUGGAAGUCACGAGAAGUGAUUCGCGUCAUAUCUUAAGUGCUUAUUUCGUUAAAAUCGGUAGUGUAGUUCAAGUGAGAAGAUCGGUCUUUGAGGAGGAAAUCAUUCGUUCGGUGUGAUAGUGUGUUGUUUGUUGAUCGUGAAGAAAAUUUAGAUAAAGGAAGGAAAUGAGUGAAACGGGUGGUGCGGAGUCCGGCAGUGUCGGCGCCAAUGGUGCUGAUGGGAAAUCUUCCAGCAUCCAGCCGCCUAAGAUCCGCUCGAUACCAAAGCCGUCCGGCAUUAAGCCACCGACUAUGACGCUCAGUUCGUCGACCAGUUCGCUUGCCAGUGUUGGUUCCAGUGUUGCAGCUCCUACAACCAGCCGGAUUGGACGGCCCUGUCAGGGACAUGUCGCACCGAAGGCUGGGCUGCCGCCGCCAGAACAUAAAAACGAUUCUUCAGACACAUCUAGCGUUCUGAGCAGGAUGAGACGGCCAAGCGACAGCGACUACAGCAAGUCGCACUUGCCAGAUGUUGACGAAGAAAGCGAAACCGAUCUGGUGAUCGAACGAAAAUCGAGAUCUUCGAAAUCUCCGGACUCUGGGUUCCGAAGCAAUCGAACCUCCCAGGACCGCAAGGUGUCAAGCACUUCCACCGGUUCGGAUCUGUAUUGGGAAGCAACUGGACGACGCCGAAGCUCAGAUCAAAGCAUUGCCCUGACAACCGACACGGACAGUUUCAUCAUCGGUCAGCGCGUAUGGGUUGGUGGCCUUCGACCGGGACAGAUUGCGUUCAUCGGCGAGACACACUUCGCGCCCGGCGACUGGGCUGGUGUAGUACUGGAUGAACCUAACGGGAAGAAUGACGGUUCGGUGGCUGGAAAACGUUACUUUCAGUGUGAACCUAAGAAGGGAGUGUUCUCCAGGCUGACACGUUUGACACGAGAUCCGAUGCCUGGUGCUGGUGGUGAAUCCAGUGCCGGUGAUACGUCGAUGGAUCAAAGCUUGAGAUCGCUGACUUCGCCGGCACGAUCCGGAGCGGUAUCACCCACGCACAGCGUGUCCAGCUUCGCCUCCAAAUCACCGGCGAUGGGAAAAGCAGCAACUUUAGCUGUUGGCGAUCGCGUUAUUGUAUCUUCCGGAUUCGGAUCCCGCCCUGGCAUAUUAAAGUAUCUCGGAGAAACACAGUUUGCUAAUGGAACAUGGUGCGGUAUUCAGUUGGACGAAGCCAGCGGCAAAAACGAUGGAUCCGUCGAUGGAAUCAAAUACUUUGAUUGCCCAGACAAGUAUGGUAUUUUUGUCCCGAUCGCCAAGGUCACACUGUCACCAUCGUCCCGCAAAACUCGUCUGUCCCGGUCUGGCUCGAAGGAAUCGUUGAACUCUGUCGGAACAAUGAGCUCCAUCGCUACUACGGCCACCUCCAGACUUCGUAUGAGCGCACAGAGAAAAUCAUCGGUCAACGCAGUGCCUUCGACACCGAAAGCUUCAUUCUCGCUUCAGGAUGUCCUUCGGGAGAAGCAGAACCACAUCGAGCAGUUGAUGCGGGAGCGGGAAAUCGAUCGGGAGGAGGGCGCCAACCAGACCAUCACGUACCAGAAAAAUGUUCAACAGUUAAAGGAAAAAAUCACUAAAUUGGAAGGGCAGCUGGUCGAGGAGAAGCGCCGCUGCGAGGACCUCCAGUUCAAUGUCGACGAGGUGACGUUCUGCGGGGACGAACUGAACGGAAAAAUUCAAAAUUCGGUCCAUGCUCAAUCACAAAUCUACAAGGAACGAAUAGCAGAACUAGAGAGGAAAUUAAACGGGACAUCAGCUUCGCAAGCAGAGCCCGAUCUUCCCGUGAAGGAAUCAGCAUCCACGACUGAGCUGAACCUUGAAAUCGACAAACUCAAAGCGGAAAUCCUCCAGCGAGAUCAAAAGUUGCACCUCACCGAGGAAUUGAGAAGCUCACUCGAACAUGAAAUAUCUCGGCUGCACGAGCGGUUGGCGGAAAUGGAGAAGAACCUGGACAUUAAGGUAUCGAGCUACAAUAUCAGCGAGCAGUGUCUCAAGGAAAAGAUUGCCUAUCUGCAGGACCGAAUCGAUGAAAUGGGUGUGGAGUUAACGAGCAAGGACGCUGAACUAGAAAAGCAAUACAUUGAGCUGAAAAAUGCCGAGGGGCAGUUGGAUGAAGAGGUGACUCAUCUACAGGAUGAUUUGCGAAACAAAGAGGAACUACUGGGCGAGAAGGGUAAGCAGAUUGCAAAGCUGACUGCCGAAGUUGAGGCGCUGCUGAACGAUAUCAGGCAGCGAGAUGUCAAACUGCUGGAGGGGGAAAGCGGACUAAAAGCAAUCUUAGAUGAGAAGGACGGUAUGCUUGGGAAGCUACGAAAGGAAUUGGAUGAUUUGACGGCAAAGGAAAGUUUUAUCAGGGGAGAAUCGGAAGGAAAAGACUUAAAGAUUGCCAAUUUAAAUGCCAAACUUAUUGCUUCAGAAGAACAAAUUAGAAAGCACGAAGAAAGUCUCAAAGAAGUAAAAAAGAACCAACAAUCACUUGAAGAUGAUAUAAAGAACAAAGAUAAACUUUUGGAAGAGAAAAAUUCCUUGCUCGCACAAAUCCAAGAGGAGCUGAAAAGCUCCUCAGCAGGAAACGAUCAACAUGUGGCUCUAAUUCGCUCCAAGGAGACGGAACUAGAGCAGAAACAACAGGAACUGGAUUCGAAGAAAGAUGAAAUUGUUAAACUCGAAUCCGCGAUUAAUGAGCUCACCAAAAAACUCGCGGACAUUAUCAAGGAGAAUGAGAUCCGCAGUACCGAAUAUCUGGCUAGUCUUGAAUUCGAAACAAAAUCCAAGGAGGAUUUGCUCAACAAACUUGCCAAACAAGAGACUGAACAACUUGCCAAAGACAAACAGCUGGAGGAGAACGAAGUCUUGAUCAGUGCACUCCAGAGUGAACUGAAGGAACUCAACGUGGCCAAAGCGAAUUUGUCGCGAGAGUUAGAGGAAACCAAAAAUAGCUUUGCUGAUAGAGACACAGCCCUGAGCAAUGUGAACGAGGAAAGAAUACGAUUGAAUGAGGAGCUCGAAAAAUUAAAGAAGGAAUCAGCUAGCGCAAUACUACUACUUGAGGAAAGGUUGAAAAAUGCGCAAAGGACCUACGAAGAAGACUUGAAAAAUCUCAAGGAUGAGCAAGGGAAGGAGAUCGAAGCUAGAGAAACAAUAAUAGCCCAAAUGGAAACCUCAAUGGAACAACUACAACAGGAAAAGGGCGAACUCCUUGUUCAGCUGGAUCAGUUUAAAAUAUCUGGUAAAACCACCAACGACGAACUUUCCGGUAAAAUCAAUGAAAUACUGGAGCUCACCAAACAAGUAGCAGCGUUGAAAUCCGAGUUAGCCGCUAAAUGUGAAAGCUUGGACAAAACUACACAGCUUCUGACCGAUUGCAGUUCUAAGCUAGAAAUAAAUGAAAAAAAGCUUAGCGAUCUGCAGGAAAGUUCCGGCAAGCUUGAAAUAGAGCAUGCAGAUCUAAAGCGCAAAAUGGAUGCCCUGGAAGAAAAAACGACACAACUGCAGCAGCAAAAGUCCGAUUUGGAAAAGGAGAUCGAUUCACUUCGAUCCUCCACGCUCGAUUCUAAUUCGGAUCUUUCCCGAGUGACAGACGAGUUGAAGUCAAAGCAGAAAGCGCUCGAGCAGCUGCAGGAUGCAUUCAACUCGACAAAAAUCGACAUGGAAAGGAGACUGGACGAAGCUAGCCAGGCGAAUGGCGUUUUGAACGAGCAGAUGGAGCGAUUACGGAACGAGAUGCAACAGAUUUCCAGCCAGAAGAUAGACCGAGAGAAUGAACUGAAUGUGGAAUUGGCGAAGAUCAAGGAAACUGCAGAGAUCGAAAAGGAAAACCUAGUACGGGAGAUUGCUGGUUUGAAGGCAAGCUUCGAGGAAGAGAGGAAUCGGUUGCUGCUGCAGGCUGACGCCAAGUUGGAGGAGUUUGAGACAGUGAUAACGGAAUUGCGCAACAACGGAGCUGAGCUGGAGCGAUCGUUAAAUCAAUUGAAGGAUGAGUUAGAACAAACGAAACAGAAGGCAGCUAUAGAUCAGAGUGAUGCGGUAGAAAGGUUUAAACAGCACGCGGACGUUGAAGAAUCUAUGAAAAAACAACUAGAGGAAAGUAAAAAAGAGGAAUCGGCCUUACGUUCUGCUCUUGAAGAGCUUAGACAGUCAAUGGAAAAAGGCAGUCACGAUCUGUCCGCUAAACUGGACGAGAAGAACUCGAAAAUCUCUGAACUUGAGAAGGAUCUUGGUUCGAUGCAGGAAGAAUUCAACAAGAAGGUAGAAGAAUGUACCGAAUUCAGUGGGAAGCUGGAGCAGAAUGCAGCAACUCAUUCAGAUAUUCUAAAGCAACUUGAAGGAUGCCUGAUGCGAAUUCAAGAACUGACAAACGAUAAAGACCAGGCAGAAUCUUUGUCUAAAGAUCUUUCCGCUGAAUUAAAAACGCUCAAAGAGAAAUACCAGGAAAUGGAAGAGGAACAGGUAGAUUUAGUGCACCGUGAGGAAAUUCUGAAAGAAGACGUUCAACAGAUCAAAGAGUCUCUCGAAGCUUCCGAAAAUCAGUGUAAGAACUAUAUAUUGCAGCUGGAAGCUAAAAAUCAAGAAUCAAUAAGGAUUGGUGAAGAGUUAGACGCUGUAAGAUCACAUCAUCAACAAGAAAUUUUGAAAUCGGCUGAAGUCAUUGCCAGAAACGAGCAGACCAUUGCAGAUCUAAGUUCGAAGAUAGCUGAACUAUCACCAUUAAUAGAAGCGACGGAAAAUCUACGAGAAGAGCUUAGUUCCAAGGAUCAGUUGAUGAAACAGCAAACUGAAACUGCUCAGCAAUGUGCGCUGGAACGGGAAAACCUUAGCAAAUCAGUGAGUGAAAAGGAAUCUACCCUCCUACAAAAGGAAGCUGAACUUCAGCAACUUCGUGAAGAGCUUACAAAGGUGGAAGCGGAAAGUCAACUGUUAACGAGUAAGCUGCAAACGACGGAGAAGUGCCUUAACGAAAGAAGUGAGCAAGGAAACAAAACGGCUGUUGAGGUAAGCAACUUGAAAGAAGAUCUGGACAAGGCUAAAUCUACCGUCAAGGAGCAGAAUGAGAAACUGAAAGAGCAAAGCAGAACCAUCCACGAGCUGGAAACAAAACUGGUCGCCCACAGUGCUCAGUUCGAGGAACUGUUGAACAAGAAACAAUCCUCAGAAACCGAAAGCUCACACAUGUUGCACGAACUAAAUCAGAAACUGCUGGAAAUGGAGAAUGUUAAACAGCUGGAAAUUGUUGAAUUGCAAAACAAGCUAACCGAAACGAUUAGCAAGUUUGAAGCGCAGGUGGCUGAAUCGAUGAAAAAUGUAGGAACUAUGCGAUCCGUAGAGAAACGGCAACAGGAAUUGGAGUGUGAGAAACAGAAUCUCGAGAUGCGGGAAACGGAGAUGCAAAUGGCACAGCGGAAGCUACAGAAGGAGGUGGACACGUUGAGGUCGCAGCUAAUGACGAAAGACAGUGAGAUUAGAAAACUUUCCCAGGACCUGGCAGCGGCCGCCACUACGGCUCCGGUGGCUACGUUUGUUGCCGGCAACGAUGUGGAUGAGGACGACGCCGGCGCCCAAAUUAACUUCCUUAACACUAUUAUUGCCGACAUGCAACGAAAAAAUGAUAAACUCACGUUACGGAUACAAGCAUUGGAGCAGACCAGCAUUGAUGGUAAUAGCCACAAUAUGAGCUUUGAGUUUAGCAAACGGAAACCGGCGCCGCGGGUGUUUUGCGACAUUUGCGAUGAGUUUGAUCUGCACGAAACGGAAGACUGUCCGAAGCAGAGUUCUGAUAGUCCACCGGAAUCGCUGAAACAUCCGUCUGCGGAUUCGAAGGAACGGAAGUUGCCCCCACCAAGAAAGUACUGUGAAGGAUGCGAAGUAUUUGGUCACGAACUGGGCGAAUGUCCUGACGAUGAGACAUACUAGUGGAAAGGGAAGUACACGAGAAACAAGAUACCCUCAUGCACAGCAGGUGGUGACGAGGAGAAGGUACACACGCGCAUGCUUUUGACUGUUAUCAUCGGAUCCUGUUUUCGUUCGAGUUCAUGUUGUUACUUGCCCACCCAAUAUACGAACGUUGGGCAACUGUUGCAUCUAUUUCCAAGAGUGAACGUCGUUACCGGCGAAAAAAAAUUCAACGAAUCAUAAUUUAUUUUAUUUUAAUCUGUUUUUGUAAAAGUUAGGCUGAGCCCCAAAAACUUGGAACGGGUUUGUAAAGCAGUAUAGAAACAGGCAUUGAACAGAAGUUCACGAUUUUUUCCUACUGUUGCGAAAGAUGUUUGUUAUUCACAGUGAUAUUCCUUUAGACAAACCAACCAGCUGAGUACCGUCUUUUAUUUAUUUCACACAAUAGAUAUUACUAGAACAGGAUAGAUAGGAUAAUAAAACACUGUCAAACUGAG